CCAAGGAGCCCGGCGAGUCGCUGGGGGAACCGGGGCAGAGACCCGGCGCAGCCAGAACGAAGGCGCGGAUCCCUCAAGUCUGAGCCCGGCAGGCAGGUCGGAGUCCGCACGUCGGAGCCGGGGUCUAGAGGGCAGCAGCGUGUGAGGAGGGGCUCUGCUGGCGACAGAGGAGACCAUGGCUUCCGUGUUGCUCACCCGGAGGCUGGCCUGCAGCUUCCGCCACAAGCACUGCCUGCUGGUGCCCGGAUGGAGACACAUCAGUCAGGCCGCAGCCAAAGUGGACGUUGAAUUUGAUUAUGACGGGCCUUUGAUGAAGACGGAAGUCCCAGGGCCCAGAUCUCGGGAGUUAAUGAAACAGCUGAAUAUAAUUCAGAACGCAGAGGCUGUGCACUUUUUCUGCAAUUAUGAAGAGAGCCGAGGCAAUUACCUGGUGGACGUGGACGGCAACCGGAUGUUGGAUCUUUACUCCCAGAUCUCCUCCAUCCCCAUAGGUUACAGCCAUCCUGCUCUCGUGAAACUCGUCCAACAGCCUCAGAAUGUGAGUACAUUCAUUAACAGACCUGCCCUCGGAAUCCUUCCUCCGGAGAACUUCGUGGAGAAGCUGCGGGAGUCCCUGCUCUCGGUGGCUCCCAAAGGGAUGUCCCAGCUCAUCACAAUGGCCUGCGGCUCCUGUUCCAAUGAAAAUGCCUUCAAGACCAUCUUUAUGUGGUACCGGAGCAAGGAAAGGGGCCAGUCGGCUUUCUCCAAAGAGGAGCUGGAGACGUGCAUGAUCAACCAGGCCCCCGGGUGCCCCGACUACAGCAUCCUCUCCUUCAUGGGUGCCUUCCACGGGAGGACCAUGGGUUGCUUAGCGACCACGCACUCCAAAGCCAUUCACAAGAUCGACAUCCCUUCCUUCGACUGGCCCAUCGCACCAUUUCCGAGGCUGAAGUAUCCUCUGGAGGAGUUUGUGAAAGAGAACCAACAAGAAGAGGCCCGCUGUCUGGAAGAGGUGGAGGACCUGAUCGUGAAAUACCGGAAGAAGAAGAAGACGGUGGCCGGCAUCAUCGUGGAGCCCAUCCAGUCUGAGGGCGGGGACAACCAUGCGUCCGACGACUUCUUCCGGAAGCUGCGGGACAUCUCCAGGAAGCACGGCUGUGCCUUCUUGGUGGAUGAGGUCCAGACAGGAGGAGGCUCCACCGGCAAGUUCUGGGCCCACGAGCACUGGGGCUUGGAUGACCCAGCCGACGUGAUGACCUUCAGCAAGAAGAUGAUGACCGGGGGCUUCUUCCACAAGGAGGAGUUCAGACCCAACGCUCCCUACCGGAUCUUCAACACGUGGCUGGGGGACCCUUCCAAGAACCUGCUGCUGGCCGAGGUCAUCAACAUCAUCAAGCGGGAGGACCUGCUGAGCAACGCAGCCCACGCCGGGAAGGUCCUGCUCACGGGGCUGCUGGACCUCCAGGCCCGGUACCCCCAGUUCAUCAGCAGAGUGAGAGGACGAGGCACCUUUUGUUCCUUCGACACCCCAGACGAAUCCAUACGGAAUAAACUCAUUUCCAUCGCCAGAAACAAAGGUGUGAUGCUGGGGGGCUGCGGCGACAAAUCCAUCCGCUUCCGUCCCACUCUGGUCUUCAGGGAUCACCACGCACACCUGUUCCUCAAUAUUUUCAGCGACAUCUUAGCCGACUUCAAGUAAAAAGCCAUUUCCUCCACGCCCCGAGGAAGCCCCGAUCUCAACAAUCGUCCAAGUGAUUAGUUUGCCUAAUUCAUGUUUUCACUCAAAAUAUCAGAGGUGAUGCACAAACGGGAGGGUUCUUUGUGGGAAGAGGGGGUUUUUGGUGGCUGGUGGGGCAGGGGAAGGGAGCCAGUUUGGGUCUCCCUCCCUGCAGAGCUGAUGGCGCGCCUUGGUUUAAGCCCAGAAAUUCUGCUUGAGCCCUAGACAUAGUCUUAGGAUGGGCCCUGCGGGUCCUGGCCAUAUAUCCUCCGCCCUGAACCCCAACAAUAUCUUUGCAAGCCAGUCAAGGGAAUGGCACCUGCUCCUGGGACUGGUGGCUGGGACUCCUGGGUUCCGUCCCUUUCAAGUGGCACAUCCUAUGAGGGGAGGCGGCUCCCCUCGCCCUGUGCAAACAAGCAUGCUUCACCCUCUCCCCCGGCCCUGCAGCUCACGUCCCAUGGUCCAGUGAGGGCAGGACAGAGCCUCUGAAGGCAGGCCAGUAGGGACAUUAGGAUGGAGCUCAGAGGUGUGGGAAGGGGUUCUCUGGCCUCCAGAGGGUUCCCCCCUAAACUGUGAAUUCUCUCCUUGAUGGGGUCUCUCCUGGGAGGAACUCUGGGUGGCAUCACCCAUGGGUCUUGCCCCCACCCUCUGGUCCCCAAAUUCCCUCCCUCCUGUUAAAUGUCAGCCCAGACCUCUAUGGAAGGAAAGCUGCGACCCGAUCACCCGCAGGGGUGCACAUACACGAGCCAUGGGGUCGGAAGCAUAGGGAGCGUGAGCCCUGGGCCUGGGGCUUACGCUCCUGUCCCCACAGCAUCCAGGGUCUGACUUUGGACCUCUGGCCAGGCAGACCCUUUCUAGCUUCUGCUCAUCCCCCUCUGCCCCACUUCUGAGCAGCCCUGGGCACGGCUGUGCUGUUCCAUAAGAGGAAAUCAGUGACUAGACUACGUUUCUUCCCAAGGGAAGCGUCAUAAAUUAAAGGCACCAGCAGGGAAACAGCCUGUUGGCGCGAAGUGGUUUCCUUGUCCUUGCGCCUCCUCGGAGUCAGAGAUCUUCCUGAGUGAAUGGGUGUGAGGUUACCGGGCAGGGGAUGCUCAGGGGCGUCACUGGACCAUGGCUGAGGCUAAGGGGGUCUCUGCUACAGGCGAGACAAUUUUGGAGCUGAUUUGACUUCAGAUGCUCCUGAAAAGAGCAUUCGGUGGUCCCACAGGAGUGAGGGAUUGGUUAGCGGGGAGACGAAGGAAGCCUGGCCUGUACCCUCUGUCCAAACGGAAGCCACUUCACCUCCUGGUGCCUUGGUUGACUGUUGGGGGAGACUGGGCAGAUCAAGGUUCUCGAUUCAGCACUUUUUUCUUCUAAUAACUAAUCACCCAAAGAUCUCAAAGUGGUUUGGUUUUUUCCACUUCUUCUCUUCAGCAGAUUUGGUCAUCAACCUGUGUUUGCCAAGAAUGAAAUGCACUAACAUGUUUAGUAGACAUGGACGGAUCCAUGAACUAAGGAGCUCUGCUGUGUCCCAGAGCAUUUGUGCUGCCCACGAAAGAGAGCCUCCCUCUCCCUGCACUCAUUUGCUUAUUCAUUUGUAUAUUCAUUUAUUUAUCUCAUCAUUCAUUCAUGACACUUGCAUUAAAUACCUGCUCUGUCCCAAGCCCAGUGCUGAGCAUUAGAAAUCUGAAGUGAAAUAAAACCUCGUCCCUGGGAGGGAUUCACAUCCCACUGGGGACAAAAGACUUUUAAACCAACAACUAAAGCAGCAUGGCAGGUGCCAUGACAGCAGUAUAUGUAGGAACAUCAGGAAAUCAGAGGGAGUGCCCCAGUCCACCUAAGGGUCCAAGGAGGUUCCAGGAGAAAGUGACAUUUGAGCGGGGCUUUGCAGGAUGAAUAAGAGUUCACCAAGCAGACAAGGCAAGGAAGAGUGUUGCAGAAAGGGAACAGCAUAUGCAAAGACAUUUCGAUUCACGAUCUCAGAUCUUUCACUGGGGACCUGUAUUCCACAGGCAAUAUCCCAAGAUUCAAGGCCUUAUUAAACAAACAAGCAAAAUGCAAACCAAACCAUAAGUCAUGUAUUUGCAUAUGUAUGCUUUCUCCUGAGAACUUGACCAUUGGAUGCAAAUAUACAAUGAGGUUCCUGGAGUCCAAGAUGUUUUUAAGCCAGGGCACAACCAGAAACUUGGCUCUCUUUGGUGGAUAAAGUGGCUCCAAUAUUUUGUUCUCUCCCCACAGGGCACUGACAGAAAAAUGAAAUCUUUUUUAUCUGGAAAGUCAUUUCCAGACUUACUCACUCUGUACCAAGGGAAGUUAUUUCUCGUAAAACUUUUUAAGCCAUUUAUCAGCAGGUCCUCGUUGACUCAGGGCAUAAUGAGUUCCUGAAACAUCCUCGUCUUUUGGAGGUUGGAGUGUAGCUGGAAGAAUUUCAAGGGAAAAAAUUCUCGGCGUUGGUCAGGAAAUGUGUGAGAGGUUGUUGAAAACACCGGGAGCCCAGGGGAACAGGCUGCUGGCUCGGGCGGAGCCCAUGCAGAGGCGCUUCUGCGGCCGAGGGUCUGGAAAUGAAUCCAUCAUACAUGAGUGCCAUAGAGUUUAGUCAGUGUCUCAUCACUGUUACAGAAAACAAAGUCCAGUAAUAGCAAAUCUUAGCACAUCACGUUUAUUAUAAAUGGGUGUUUUUUUUAAUAAUUUUUACCGACACUCAGAAACCAUGCAGAACUGUGUGCAUUAAUACAUCUAUGUAUCUAUACUAUCUCUAUCUGUAUAUCAGCUCAUGGUAGAAAACCAUAGCUAGGAAGUCUCGCCGACUUACGCGUACCAAGUGAUCUUGUUUACAGUAUUCUGUUGACAGUGCCAAUACAUGAUAAAGAAAUUAACAUGUCACAUUAACACAGUGUAACUGAUGACCGUAUGUACAAUUCCAUGAACUCAAUCUAUUGUCUCCUGUGUUCUUAAAUUAAAAGCAAAAUAUUUAUAAUGGAAACAGCAGAGGAAAUGUGGCCUUUCUGGUUGGACGUGGUUUGAGUACAGAGUUAUUCGACAGGUUCCUGUGAAGCACCUGUUACAGAGGUCUUAGGGAUGUCUCAAGGGAAUUCUCUACCUGCCCUGUCUGCAUGGUGAGGCCAUUUAUCUCAUCAGAGUGCAUCCUUAUCCUCAGCUCACCUUCUCGUGGGGCAAAGGUCACAGCAGCCCGGCAUAAGGACCAGGAUACAGGAUGCUGUAUGGGAGCAAAGUAUACACCCCAAGUCAGGAUGGAAGUUAGGCUUCUGAGUUUUAUCUUUAGGGCCGGGCAGGAACUCUGCUCCAGUGACUCAGAUGAGAGAGGGAAGGUUUUCCAGACCAGGAGAAUAGCUAGCUGAAAGCACGAGGGCAAGCGAGGCAGGCAUUUCCAUGGUGUUCAGCAUCACUCCAUCACAGAGACAGGGAGACCAGAAGAGCCUGGGGACCAGGCUAAAGAAAGGCAGGGCUCAGAUCCAGAGGGCCUUUUGUGCCAGACUGGGUCUUCCAUGCACUGAUGGAGUCACCAAAGGUUUAGAGCAGGGAGGGUAAUCGGACAUGCAUUCUAGAAAGAUUGUCCUGAGUGUCCGCUGUGAAGAACGGGGGGCCAGUGACCAGUCAGAAAACUGUGGCCGUCAAAAUAACCUGCGUGGCCUGACCAGGACAAUAAUGGGUUGGAUGGAGAAAGAAGGAAAAGCACAGAAUCCAAAACAUCCAGGACAGUGACAUUCAACAUCAGAUGCACUCCGGCGUCACCCUCAAGACCUUUGUAAAAAAAUCCUAAGGCUGGGGCCCCACCCCAAACCAAUUAAGUCAGAGUCUCUCCAUCAUGGAUUGAGGUGGUAAAUGGACUGACUGGAGUCACCUGAGAGGCAGGUGCAGCCUGGGAUCGUGCGGGGGAGAUGCUGAGUCAGCACCUGCGAGAAUGAGUUGGCUCUUUGGUCCUCCUGGUGUCCUGACCCAGAACCGGGGGUCGUGGGAGCCUGAGGGCACCCAGCUGUCUCCGUGGUCCUUAUAUUGCUCACCUGGAACAUGGAUGGUGGACCACGUGAUUUCUAAGGUUCCUUUCAGCUCGGACACCUGUCUAUGAAAUAAUUGACUCGGAAAGCAGUACCUACCAUUAAAUGUGUUUUUAAGAAUGA